AUGCUAUUAGAUGACAUCAUUUACAUUGCACUACUCUGUGCAUCAGUGGGCUUUGGCUUUGUAAUAAAAAACGUACAAAAUAUUUACCACCGCCGAAUUAUGUCAACUGGUGCUGGCUUCUUCAUAGUUCUUGCUGUCUCCGGAUAUCACAUUUUUCAUCCAAUAUUUGUCAUACUAGUUAAUGCCUGUAUCAUACGUUUUUGUAAAGAAAGGGUAUGUCAUGUUACAAGUGCUGUCUUUUGCUUCACUUACCUGGCAUUUUUUCGAAGCACUCAUUACUUUGGAUUACCUAUUCCUCCAGCUCACACAAAUGCCAUUCAGAUGAUUCUCACUUUAAAGAUGGUUGGUCUUGCAUUUGAAGUCUGUGAAUCAAAACGCAUGGAGAAAUCUGAAGAUAAAACUGUAGUUGCUAAAAAUUACAAACAGAUAAAUCCAUCCUUUUGUGAUAUUUUCCACUAUGCAUUUUGUAUGGCUGGUGUUUUGAUAGGGCCUUAUUACAAGUUCAGAACCUACUGGGAUACUUUCUAUUUGCCAUACAGUACAUUUGUUGACUCAAAACAAUUUCUUUUUCAAAGAAUUAAAGUUGUUCCAAUGUAUGUUGCAUUCUACUUAAUUGGAAAUUAUUUGUAUCCUAUUGAAUAUGCUUCCUCUCCAGAAAUUUUAGAGAAGUCUUUCUGGUAUAGAGUGUUCUAUAUGACACCAUCAUUUUUCAAUUUUCGCAUGAGAAUAUAUUCUGGAUUCAUUCUUGGUGAAUGUGUUUGCAUAGCGAUGGGAUUAGGUGCUUAUCCAAGAGCUAGUAACCCACAACCUGGAGCUGGUCCUACUAAUUGUGCUGCUCUUGAAGAAAUUGAAACAGAGAAAAAUUGGUCUGAAGUAGAGUACUCUUUUGAAACUAUCAAAAAUAUAUAUGAGUAUGGAAGUGAAUUUUGGCCAACAAUAAGAGAAGGUAUAAGAGCUUGGAAUAGAACCGUGCAGUAUUGGCUAGCCUCUUUUGUCUACAAACGUCUGAUGGCCCCUAAGCCUGCAAAAAUUCUGAUAACCAUGUUAGUCAGCUCAUUUUGGCAUGGUGUUCAUCCUGGAUAUUACUUGUGCUUGUGCAGUGCUCCAUUAUUCUUGUUUGUUGAAAUGGAAGUUGAAAAAGCUGUAAGGCAUCAUGCAUCCUAUCCACAGCAAGUAUUGUUUGAUUGGAUUUGGUGGGUUAUCAAAAUGCAGUCCUUCUCUUACAUGGGAAUGGCAUUUCUACUGUUGGAUGUAAAAAGUUGUCUAUACUUUUGGAAGUCAAUAUACUUUUGUGGCCAUAUUUUUAUUAUUUUGUGUUUUUUCCCUGCCUUCUGGGUAAAUAAGAUGAAAGUUAAGAAAACAUAG